AUGUCAACAGAAAAAAUGUCUGUCAAAGGUAAAUAUAUUGUUGAUAAGUGUGGUCGUGUAAGAAUAUUUCGCGGUAUUAAUGGUGUUCUAAAAUAUUUUCCAUGGUAUCCUUACAAAGCACCUGAUCCUCCUUUACUUGAUUCAAAUUAUAUGUCAAAUCUACGUGAUUGGGGUUUUAAUGUUAUUCGUCUUGGAACAAUGUGGGCUGGUGCAGAACCAGUGGAAGGACAAUAUAAUGAAACAUAUUUAUUGAAAUUGAAAGAAAUUAUUGAAUUAGCUAACAAUUAUAACAUUUAUAUAUUUCAUGAUAUGCAUCAAGAUCUUUUAACAAGUGCACUUAAAGGAUUGGAUAACCUUAGUGGAUAUGAUGGUAUACCACUUUGGUUAUUUAAAAAAUUUAAACCUUGUGUGGACAAUAAUAAAUUUACUUGUCCAAGUAAAACUGGUAUAAAACCAUGUGUUAAGUAUCCUUGUCCAUUCCAACCCGGUUUUGACAGUAACGGAAAUUGGUUUUUUAAUUAUUUUACAUCAAUUUGUUCAAGUGGAUUUCAACAAUUAUAUAAAAACCAGAGUGGAGCAAUUGAUUCGUGGAGUAAAUUUUGGGUUAAAAUAGCUGAAACAUUUGGACCAUAUUCAAAUGUAUUAGGCUACGAAUUAAUUAAUGAACCAUGGUUUGGUGAUUUUUAUAAAGAUCCAUUCUUACUUUUACCUGCUAAGGCUGGUCAUGAAAAUUUAUUACCAGUUUAUGAUAUAUUAAAUCACGCUAUAAGAACAGUUGAUACUCAAUCAUUAUUAUUCUAUGAACCUGUAACUUAUGGAGUUUUUCUUCACGGACCUUUUCUUGGAACAGGUAUAGUUACAAAUUCUUCUAUUUAUCUAAAUCUAUAUUAA